CUGUUCAGCUCCACUCCACCAUCGGGGGAAACAGCUCACAUAUUACAUUGCCCUCCCGUCCCUCCCAUUAUUAAUGAAGACUUGGCCCUCCUCCUGUUUCUGGAUCGAAAACUUUUUCAUCAUAUUAUAGACAACCCUCGUAAGGUUUCUUGUUUUUUUUUUCCUUACGAUAUAGUUCUUCUUCUCCUUUGGGGAUUGCAGAACAUCCUUUUGGAUUCUUUUUCUUUUUUGUUUUGUUUUGGUUACUUCCUUGUUGGCCUUGCUCUCUUUCCUUGUUCACCUACCUCGCCUACCUACUCUUCGUAUCGACAACCUGGUUCGUCCCUCUUGCCCGCCAAGUACAAUCGGUAAUCUUGGCAGUCUUUUCCUCAUUUAAAAACACAGACCACACCCGCUCGCGCAGACAGAAUCCUGUGCUACCCCCGCCCGCUGGCCGACCCUAAAGCGAAACGCGCUACGCCAAUACCAACCACCGCUGCCAACAGCAACCUUAGACAUUGGACAUAGCAGGGAGUGGUCGGGUACUCAUUUCCUGUUUAUUUCUAUUCGACCCUGUGGCCCACGACGAUCUUUACCUGGCCACAACAGAGGCCCGGUCCCUACUCCAGUUUUUGGCUGGUCUCGAUUUGUGUGCAUAACAUUUACUUCUUUAUUCGCCAUCUUUUCAACAUAUACAGCAAACAAGUACUGUAUCUUGACGCUACGCACUGUGCUUUUCAUUCCUUCCAUGAACCAGCCUUCCAAAUAAACCAGAGUUUCUUUUGGUAGGUCUCUGUAUUCAAACAGAGGUCGUUGGACCUUUCGAUCAACUCACGAGCACAAAGAAUCGACGAUAAUGUCUGCCCAGAAUCAACAAGCGGGUGGAUCGACCGCUGCAGGCAGCGGCAGCGGCGGCGGCGGCGGCGCGGCUCAAGGAGGAAAUGGUACGAUGAACGCAGCGAGUCCUGCCCUUCAAGGAGCCGGGGCUACCAAACCAAAUGACCAGGGAAUCGAGAACGUUUUACUGUCGCACUACCUCUACUAUGUUAUCGGCUCCGUCGCUCUGGCACUGAUUGUUUGGAGGAUAUCAACUUGGAUCGUUCGCUAUACGAGGCAAGUGUCGAGUCUCAACAAUGAGACGCAACGAUACUUUGCGAAGGAGAACCCGAAGUGGAUGUGGUUUAAGAGGGAAUUGCAAUAUGCGCCCAUCUUUAGGAAACGCCACAACCGCGAGAUCCAGAUCAGCUCGGCCAUCAACGUUGGUACCCUGCCUUCGCGCCUGCAACUCAUCUUGCUCGCCGGCUAUUGUGCCACCAACAUCCUCUUUUGCGUCUGGAAGAUCCCUCUGCAUAACAACUUCGACUCCGUAGCCAGUCAACUCCGCAACCGCACAGGCGUCUUGUCUGUCGUCAACAUGGUCCCACUCUUUCUCAUGGCUGCCCGCAACAACCCGCUCAUUUCUCUCUUGGGCAUUUCCUUUGACACCAUGAACCUGAUGCACAGGUGGUUGGGCCGCAUUGUGGUCUCCGAGGCUAUCAUUCACACAGUCGCCUACAUGGUCCCCAAGGGCAAUGCCGGCAUGUCUGCCGACCAGAUCUUCCAGAUGGUCUUUGCGUCGAAAUUUCUGAUGCCCGGCAUGCUCGGAACCAUUGCCUUUACUUUCAUCCUCUUCCAGGCUUCCAGCCCGGCCAGGCACGCAUUCUACGAGACGUUCAAGAUUCUCCACAUCCUGGCUGCUGCGGUGUCGGUUGCUGGAGUCUGGUACCACUUGGCUAUGAAGCCCCUUCCCCAGCUGCCAUACCUCUACGGCGUGGUCGCAAUCUGGUCUGCCGACCGCGGUGCUCGCAUGCUUCGUGUCGCCUACGGCAACUUUGGAUCCGGUGGCAACAAAACCCUCAUCGAGGCCCUGCCUGAUAAUGCCGUCAGGGUCACCGUGAACAUGGCUCGCCCCUGGAAGUUCAAGCCCGGCCAGCAUGCUUACCUCUACUUCCCUACUAUCAGCUGGACCCAGUCCCACCCAUUUUCAGUCGCCUGGUCUGAGGAAGGUGAGCAGCCCGACGGCGAGAAGGGCCUGGCCAUGAGCAGGCAGGAUGUGGCCGCAACACGCAAGACGAGCAUGUCGUAUGUUAUACGGGCCCGUACUGGUGCCACGGCCGCGCUAUACAAGAAGGCGGCUGCCAACCCGGGCGGGCGCCUGCUGACCACGUGUUGGGCCGAGGGCCCCUACGGCGGCAUGCACAGCAUGGCUUCGUAUGGUACCGCCAUGCUCUUCGCCGGUGGUGUGGGUAUUACACAGGCGGUGCCGCACGUGCGCGAACUCGUCGCUGGGUUUGCCGAUGCCACCGUUGCCGCACGCAAGGUUGUCCUUGUUUGGAUCAUCCAGUCCCCCGAGCACCUCGAGUGGAUCAGGCCGUGGAUGACCGAAAUCCUGGCUAUGGAGCGCCGUCGUGAUGUCCUUCGGAUUAUGCUCUUCGUGUCCAGGCCGCGCUCCACCAAGGAGAUCCACUCGCCCUCGGCAACGGUCCAGAUGUUCCCAGGCAGGCCCAACAUCGAGACACUUUUGUCCAUGGAGAUGGAGAACCAGGUCGGUACGGUCGGUGUCUCGGUGUGUGGGCCCGGCGCCCUCAGCGACGAGGUGCGUUGUGCUGUGCGCAAGAGGCAGGAGUUUGGCGCCAUUGACUUCUGCGAGGAGGCUUUCUCCUGGUAAAUAUAUAUCAACGCCACAAACUUGGGAGCUUGGAUGAAUCCCCUUUAGACUUUGAGACAACGUGCCUCAUAAAGUCUUGAUAUGUUUCCUUGUACAUAUGAUCACCACAGGUUUUGGGUCACAACUUGGAAUCUUUCAUCGACGGUUGGGAAUAACUUGCUAUUUCGCACAUUGACUAGCACAAGGUUGUUCAAUCGUCAUAUCUUCUUGUACAUAUUUGUCAUCCUCGUGAUUUUUACCCUGUUUUUCUUUUUGUUCUGUUUUAGCGUGGCAAAUGGCCUCGGGCCUUCCAUUUUUCCGUAUGUUUGGGAUCCCAGUUGUUUAUAUUAUCAAUCUAGUCCAUAGCUAGGUUUGAAGGAGUCAUUGGUAUGUAUCUACUAUCGAAUAUCGGAUUUGCAUGACAG